UGCUAGACUCCAACACUCAAAAAUUAAAGGGGUUCUAUUCUCCUCUAGAAUCUUUCUAUUGCUUUUGCUUUGCUUCUCCAACUAUGGUUUCCUUUUAUGACCUCUGAAAAGUAUGCCAAAACAGUUGCCAAAUAAAGUAGAAGUAUUGCAUUUUCAUUGUUGAGCUAAAUGUAGUGUCGGUUUGUGACUAAGCUCGUUGUGUGUGGAGGAUUUUGUGCUAGACUUGGCUCUUGCAGUUUCUUCGAACCGGUCACCAAAUUGUAUUUGCUUGUCCAAACGCGAAAUUUCUCCUGGGAAAGAGCUGUGUCGACGUAAGAUGUUUAGAGGUCUCUCCUUUACAGGGAUUUCUUAUAUGGGAACUUGAGCUCCAGUAGUUAAGCAGAUAUGAACGCCACUCCUCUUUAAAAACUGGCUAGAAUAUCACUAACCAGUUUUGUUGAUGGAAACUUUCAACUUUGUUCUAAUUUUUUGGUCUUUCAAAGCUCUGUAAUGCUUCCUGUGCCUUGCCUCUACAACUGGUUUUGCAUAUACUGCCAAUGGCAAAAAUGUUCCACCAUUCUUUGCUUCUAGCUCUUUUUAUUAUUUUUCCUUUUAUUAAUUACUCAGAGCAACUGCAAUCCUCUCAGGCUCAGGCCCUCUUAAGAAUUCAACGACUUCUAAACUUUCCAUUAAUUUUAAGCAGCUGGAAUAAUAAUACAGAUUUCUGCAACACCGAACCAAAUUCAUCUUUAACUGUUGUAUGCUAUGAAGAAACCAUAACCCAGCUGCAUAUAAUUGGCAACAAGAGAGCUCCACUUCUACCUCAGAAUUUCUCGUUGGAUUCCUUUGUAACAACCCUAGUUAAGCUUCCUGACCUCAAAGUUCUCACAUUGGUUUCUAUCGGUCUAUGGGGAACUUUCCCUGGUAAAAUUGCACGGCUUUCAUCUUUAGAAAUUCUUAAUGUCAGCUCUAACUUCUUAGAUGGCCCCAUCCCUCAAGAGUUUUCAUCCCUAACAAGCCUCCAGACACUCAUACUCGAUGACAAUAUGUUUUCUGGCCAGCUACCAGAUUGGUUGAGUUCACUCCCAGUUCUGACUGUUUUAAGUUUGAAGAAGAAUUUGUUCAAUGGGUCUCUGCCAAGUACAUUGAGUAAUUUGGAAAAUCUUAGAGUCCUUGCUCUUUCCCAUAACGAAUUUUACGGAGCUGUCCCCGACUUCGAACAUUUGACAAACCUUCAAGUGCUUGACUUGGAAGAUAAUGCUUUUGGACCUCAGUUUCCUCAACUCGGUAGCAAGUUGGUCACCCUUAUCCUGAGCAAGAACAGGUUUAGGUCUGGCAUUCCUGUUGAAGUGAGCUCCUAUUAUCAGCUUCGACUUCUGGAUAUAUCUUUCAAUACAUUUGUUGGGCCGUUCCCCACGGCAAUCUUAGCGCUGCCUUCUAUUACUUAUCUGAACACUGCAGGGAACAGAUUCACAGGAAUGCUUUUUGAAAACCUAUCGUGCAGUACAGGCCUUGAAUUUGUGGAUUUAUCCUCAAAUCUUUUGACCGGAAGAUUACCUAGCUGUCUACUAACUGAUUCUAAGGAAAGGGUCGUUCUGUAUGCUAGGAAUUGUUUGGCUACUGGAAAGCAAAACCAACAUCCAUUUUCAUUUUGCCACAAUGAAGCCUUAGCUGCUGGCAUUCCUCCACAUCAAUUGAAACAGAGAGAAGCUUCUAAAGCAGUUAUUGCCUUGGGUAUAAUUGGAGGAAUUAUUGGAGGAAUUGCACUUCUUGGACCAAUUUUCUUGAUUGUUAGAAGAUUUAAUGCCAAGAGAGCAACAAAAGUUAAAAAGCCCCUGACAAGAUUAAUAGAAGAGAAUGCAUCGGCAGGGUACACUUCAAAGAUACUUUCUGAUGCAAGGUAUAUAUCACAAACAAUGAAGAUGGGAGCAGUUGGCCUUCCUGCUUAUCGAAUCUUUUCCUUCGAAGAGCUUGAGGUGGCUACAAAAAACUUUGACACAUCUGCUUUUAUGGGUGAAGGUUCUCAUGGGCUGAUGUACAGAGGCCGAUUAAAGGAUGGCACUAUUGUAGCUGUUCGAUGCCUGAAAAUGAAAAAAAGCCACAGUACUGAAACCUUCAUGCCUCAUAUAGAGCUGAUAUCAAAACUCAGACAUCGCCAUUUGGUCAGUGCUCUUGGACACUGCUUUGAAUACUACUUGGAGGAUUCAAGUGUUAGCAGAAUAUUUCUUGUGUUUGAAUAUGUUCCAAAUGGCACGCUAAGGAGCUGGAUCUCUGAGAGGCAUUCUCGACGUCUUACAUGGACGCAACGAGUAGCAGCUGCAAUAGGAGUAGCAAAGGGGAUUCAGUUUUUGCAUACAGGGAUUGUACCUGGUGUAUAUUCCAAUGAUCUUAAAAUAACAGAUAUUUUAUUGGACCAGAACCUUGUCGCAAAGAUUAGCAGUUACAAUCUGCCGUUAUUGUCUGAGAACGUGGUAAAGGUUGGACGUGGGAUUUCAUCUAGCGGAUCCAAAGAACGAAUUGUUAAUGCAAGGGUCAAAGAUGAGGACAAGAAUGAUGUUUACGACUUUGGAGUGAUAUUGCUAGAAAUCAUUCUUGGGAGACGAUUAAAAUUAAGCGAUGAAGUGACCAUUCUAAAUGAUCAGUUACGAGCAUGCAUUGCAGCUGAUGAUGCAGCUCGAAGGAGUAUGGUUGAUCCAGCAGUGCACAAGGCUUGCUUGGACAAAUCAUUACGAACAAUGAUGGAGAUUUGUGUUAGGUGUCUACGUAAAGACCCAGCAGAUAGACCUUCCAUUGAGGAUGUGCUCUGGAACUUGCAGUAUGCAGCCCAAGUUCAGGAUGCCUGGUGUGGGGAAUCUCAAAGCAGUGAGGGUUCUCCAGUUUUGCCUUCACUAUCACAGAAACUCGCCUUCCAGUUGCGGGACAUACAGAGAGAUGGAAGCUUCAAGAGGGAAAGGGGAUAUGACACUAGUACAUCAGAAGAGUCUGUCCGGUAAAGUUGUUGGCUUGAUGCUCUGUUUUUACUUGUGUGUGACAGGCGUGCUUGAUGGUUUCUCAAAGUCUUGAAUGCCCUCCACUUUUUUAGUACUUUGAAAUGGUGUAAUCUUCUCAAUGAACAGUUGGAAAUAACUGUUUAUAUUAAGGUAUUCCAGUGAGAAAAACAAAGGAUCUUUUUUUCUUCA